AUGGCCACGGAGGUGCACAGCCUGCAGGAGCUGCGGCGCAGCGCGUCCCUGGCCACCAAGGUCUUUGUGCAGCGGGACUACAGUGAUGGGACCACAUGCCAGUUCCAGACAAAGUUUCCCCCUGAGCUGGAGAGCAGGAUUGAGAGGCAACUUUUUGAGGAAACCGUGAAAACCCUAAAUGGCUUCUACGCUGAGGCAGAGAAGAUUGGGGGCAGUUCAUACCUCGAGGGGUGCCUGGCCUGUGCCACUGCCUAUUUCAUCUUCCUCUGCAUGGAGACACAUUAUGAGAAGGUCCUGAAGAAGAUCUCCAAGUACAUCCAGGACCAGAAUGAGAAGAUCUAUGCACCACGGGGACUGCUGCUCACUGACCCCCUGGAGCGUGGCAUGAGGGUUAUCGAGAUCUCCAUCUACGAGGACCGGUGCAGCAGCGGCAGCUCCAGCAGCGGCAGCUCCAGCAGCAGCAGCGGCGGUGGCGGGGCGGGGGGCCGGUGA